UCACGGUUUCACCCACACCAGCACUCAUUUCCUGUCCAUGUCGUCCCAACCCGCCGCCGGAGAGCAGUACCAGCUAAUCUACGGUUCGCUCCCGGCGCAAAUUCACCCCUGGCUUGAUUCGCUGUAGGCAUCACCACCAUGGAUGAUAGUAGUUCGCAGUCCGGCAGCUGUGGAGCAGGCGACGCUCGUUAUGGUAAGGACGUCGCUCACGCUGCUGCGCCUUGCCCUGUUGCUCACCCGGAGGGCUCAUCUUCAACUGCUAAGUCGGCAGAUCCACCUGCGCCUACAUCACGCAUCUCUGUCAAGCAUGCAGCUAGUGUCAUUCAGAAGUUUGACGACUACAAGAAAUGGUUAGUAGAGCAGAUUGGUUUUGGGGGUAUGCUGAAGCUCCCAGCCAUGCAGAAGCUGAGUUUGAAGUGUAGCGCCUGGAUAAUGAGUAGAGUCAGCGUGAGCCGUAGGGAGAUUAAACUUAGGGAUAACAAGGUACUCAGGUUUUUCCCCGAGGAUGUCCACAAGGUUUUUGGGAUCCCAUGGGGUCACCGCAGUGGAAAGGCAGGGAUGCAAUCAUCAAUCCUGAAGCUGUUCAUUUCAUAAAGACAACACUUCAAAUGGAUAAAACUGGAGUUCAUAGCUUGCGAGCUGCAGAAAAUUUCUUGUUGCGCGAUAUCAAUGAGAAUUCAAGCAAGUUGGAGAAGGAUUGUUUCCAGAUUGCUUUUGUUAUCUUUGUUAUGGGUCAUGUACUAGCACCAACUACUAAGCACAACUACGCCACCAUCGACUACUGGGGGGCGAUUGCAAAUACGGAGGCCAUAGUUCAAUUCAAUUGGUGCGAGUAUGUACUGGUACAACUUCUGGACACAGUCAAGAAGCUGAAGAGUGACAUGCUGGCCAACAAUCAGUCCACCAAUCUAACGGGCUGCCAUUUUUUCUUCCAGAUUUUCUUGUUGGACAACCUUGAUCUCGGCAUUUUCAACAAGCCUCAUAACGUGAUCCCACGGAUAUCUGACUUUGACCCUGAGUCAUUUCGUAAAAUGCUGAUUAUGGCCGCUGAUCCAGUGAAAGGAGUUACUUCAUAUUCUCAUGCAAAUCUGAGAGAUGCGGCGACGGUCUGCUACACACGGCAGAAGUUUCCAUCAUCUGUUCCGUCGUCAUCAACGAGUAGAAGGCCGCUGCGGGGAUGUGCCACGCCUGCAAUAGGAACCCUUCCAUACACAACUCCCCUACCAGAUCGCGACGCUGGCCAUCAGAUUAACACUGACGCAGCAAUGCCAUCUUCUGCAGCUCCUGGUCCAAUGGAAUUUGCAAAGUACUUGCGUGAGAAGUACCCACAUCUUGUAGCGGACGAGAUCACAAUGAUUAUGAAACAACAGUAUGCAAGGGGUCUUAUGCAGUUGACACAAGCCAGCAAUUCAAUCCAGCAGGCUUUGUUACAAGCAAGAAACGGUUUGCAAAUGGAUAUGUACAAGUUUUCAGACCAAGUAAUCAACUCAGUUUCUACCCGCUGUGUGUGUUGCCGCGUGCGUGGUUUCACUGACUGCCCUGCCUCAGGCACUGCUAAUUCCAAAUCGGUACGGUUUACCACGCCGGCUGCUCACAAAAUUCAGGGUAAAAGGCUAGAACUAUCUGAAUCCGAAGCCACAUCGCCUAUCGCACAGAACGUCUCUUCGCGCAAGCAUUCCGCCAAUAUGGAUGACUCCGUGUCUAACAGCAAAAAAACGACGUCAGCAGCUUCUUUCAAUGUCAUCAAUCACUUCAAGUCUUGCCUCAUGUCUAUCGCUGAAAUGUAUGCUGACCUUCCUGCCAACCCUCCUAUAACUGUAUUUGGCCAAUGUUCCAACAUCCUUCAGAAGAGGAAAUACAUAUUCCAGCACGGCUUCGCAACUGAUCUGUGGUGCAGGGGAGUUGCGCCGCAUCCCCCACAUCCACCAACAGCGGACCUUAUUGCUGCCCAUUUUUUGGAGUUGUCACAGCAAGAUCUCUUGAGGCACUACAUUGUACACGCCAGUCCCAGGCUUAUCCGCAUUACUGGGAUGGCUAUGCUUGAUCAGCUAAUUGGAUCGCGCCCCCUUCACCAUGAGCUUGCCUCUAUAAUCAUGAGAAGGUAUUCUCAGUCCGAUCAGGAAGCCAAUUCGGAGUGCCCCUACAUGAAUUGGAGGCACAACAUGGAACCUGAAUUUGCGACCAUCGUUCUCGCUGACCACGAAUACUUGACAAACAUAUCAAUUCAGAAGCAGCUUGUUGGAAACGACAUCCCAUAUGACAUUACAUCAUGCCAGAUGUUCUUCCUGCCUGUCCCACUCGAGGACGGCUGGAUAGUGAUCAUGUGGGACAUGAUGUCAAGGAAACUCCAUGUACUCGACCCGCUCAUCAGGGGUGAAGGUCCACACGACGCAACUCGAGAUAAGCUCGAGAUGGUUGUCUGGAAGCUACAUCACGCACUUUUCCAAUGCCUUAACGAGUAUUAUGCUGGGUGGCCAACGCAAGACGGACAGUGGGCUACCAAAUACCCCGUAAUAGCUCAAGAAACCUUUUCCAGAGAUGAAACUGGUACUCCAUAUAGUUAGGCACUAUGAUGGCCAGAAGCUCAAAAUACCUCUGACCAAGUUCAAUGCUGGCAGAACCAAAAGGCAAGCACUUCAUGAGUGCAUCAAGCUGCAGGGGAACUCAUCAAAGUUGGCGCAUGAGGCACUCUGGACUGUCCUGGCACCAACGGACUCAUGGGUUGAUUCAAUCCAUUCCGGAUAUUCCAGGACAACUUGUUGGAACCUUGUCAGUGUAACAGCGCUCCCAGUCUCCAAACCUUUUGCUCUACCCUUGCCGUCACCGCCAUCUGUGCGACAUAGUCACUUGCGACAAUCAUUAAAAGGGAAAACGAAAUUCAUAUUGAGAUAUCAGGUUCACAUUUCUGGCGAUUUACCUCCAUCUUCCCGACGGAAAGAAGGACCAGGAUGGCAGUUUGUUUGCACAUCCAACACAUGUACUCGAGCUGCUUCUUGCUGCUCUGUAUGGCUGACGUCCCUGGCAGCCGUAGGAGGGGCUGCAAUUGCUUCCGACGAGCUCACAUGGUGUGCAUUACUCCCAUGUGCAGUUGUAGUUCUGUUUCCACCCUCGUUGGCACUGCUACAACUGUGAAGGUACUUGAGGACAGCUUGUUGUAAUGUCGAUGCCUUACCACCAUCUACGGAGGACAAUCCGCUUCGACGAGCUACACUGUCAUCCAUAUCUGCAUCAGACGACCAAAUCAUCAGUUUUCACUAGGAAUCAAAUGAAUGACAAGAGGCAUACACUAAAUGCAAGCUAUGCUUUUGCGGCAUUCACCUCCAUUAUCACGAUGAAAGGAAUGACCGGGACGACAGGUUGGAGGAACAUCAAAGACAUGUGCCCGGGUCCUCCGUUGCUCAAGGGAACGUUUCUUGUUGCCAUCACGUUCACCAUCUGAAUUGUCAUCAACACCAUGCCAGCCUAGCAAGAUGAGGCCGUUCAACGGUGGGUCUUCGUCCAACUCAUCUCCUUCCCAUCCGCUUCCAACUACAAGCACGGCUGCAACUUGCACAAAAACCAGUCGAUUGGCACUUGUGAUGCCACGGCAAGGAACUCUUCAUCCAAGUCUGAAACACACACAAUCUUGUAGGCACCCCUGGUGGUACAUCUGAUGACUCGUCGUCUGCAUCUGCACAACCAGGAAUCCUCCAGGCCCCCCAACCACGGCAUGCCAGACAUUGUUAACCUGGUCAAAUGCAUCAGCAUGCCUUGUCUGCCGGAUAAAAACACCCCAAGUUAGAGUGAAUAUCAGUCUCCACGAUCGCGAACUCGUUUUUCAAAGCUUUUUACAUUGUUACUAUGUGCUACUUAAGUGCAAAACUACAAAAACCUCUUACAGUGAAUAUAGUUGGGUACUCUCUUGUAAGGUAGAUUAGCCUCCUGAACAUCGGCCUUGUGUAAACGCUGAUGCGGGGGAGGGUGUACGGCUCUACACUAUCUGGCCCGAAAUCCAUCCAGUCGAAGAACCAUGGCUGCAAACAAUCAAGGGGGAACAAUUAGUUACAUACCUAUCAAAUGCAACACGCUAGAUGGUUCAUGUUAAGACAAGGCAUGUUUUUUGGUCACACUUACAAUGAGAGCCAAAUGGCACCCGCCUA